UAGUAGCCUAUGUUAUGCCACUAUUGUUGUGAAAUUCAUUUUUUAAUUAUUACGGUAGAUUAUUUGAGCGUGCUAAGAACAGUCGGUCAUUUUUUCAAAUCAGUUUGUGUGCAUUUAGUUACAGCAUACGUUUGUGUUUGCUUAAUAUUCAACGCAUGUGCGUGACGGCGAAACGUGUUGUAGGUCUCUAUGGCAACGUGUUUUAAACCCCUUUGGGAAGCCAGCAAGAGAUUAUCGGCACAGGUGUCCUACGAACACAACUCAACAUAAAAUGUAGGGCAGUGGAAACAACAAAUAGUUUCCAGUUAGGGUUUUUAUAAUUUAUUCAUACUGGCAAAGAAAUCGCAUAACCUUGCUGUGUAUUAGUGUGUGGAGGAGAACAACGAUUUAAGAAAACAGCAGAUGCCCCAGCCCCACCUCAUAAUGUAAUAAAUAUUAUUGAGUGCCUAACAACGAGAUGAGCACUAGGACCCAGGAGGAGUACGAGGACGACUUCGAGAAGGACCUGGACUGGCUGAUUGGUGAGGAUGCCAGAAGUGAGAACCAGGACCCUGACGAUGAGGAUAUCGAGGCACAAAUAGACAAGGAACUAGAGGAAGAAGAGGGGGAGCAGGGAAAGGAGAGCAAAAAAAGCCAGAAAGAGAAGAAUAGAGGUGAAGAGACAGAGGAGGCAGAGGUGGAAGAGAGAUGGCCUUCGCCAAUGGAGCCCCUUGAGUUUGAUUCUGACAGAGAGAGCCAGUAUAAGUUGUCGUCCAUAGGCCCCCCCCCCCCGGUGCCGGAGGACCAACUGGACGAUGAGAAGAAAUACAUCCUUGAGAAGAUUGAACAGGCCAAUCGAGAGCUACAGCACCAGGAAGCUCCAGACAUGACCCGACAAAGACGGCUACACUUCAAAGAGACUCUUGUAGAUCUGGUGGUGCCCCCGCUGGAUUUUGAGGUCAGUGGCUCCUCCCAGAGUACAGGAGUGGAAGUGCGGAAGGACUGCCUGGUUGGAGGCACAGACACAAAGAUCGAGAUCGAGGUGGCAGGGAGGCUGUCGGAACUCAAGAUCUCCCAGAGGGAUGGAGCUGGAGAAGGCAGCUCACUGGCUGGGGAUCCUGGCCAGACCGGGCCUGAAAAGAGGGUCCAGGCUGGGCAGGGGAAAGAAGGCAUAGUCCUGGUAGAGAAAGAUGGAAAAUUUGAUCUAGUCAGUCUGAAGGAGGUGGAGAGCCUCAGCUUGUUGCCCCCCAUAGCCAACGGUCUUGCUGACAACCCCCGCUCUGACCCUUGUCCUGGAGGACCCAGGCUCAGCCCUAACAAGGCUGUCAUGUCCUCCCUCCACUCUCAGGGGAUAGAGCACCUCCGGGCUCCCAGACCUCCAGCCAAGCCCAGGAACAGGCCCAGUUCAGCCAGUCACACCCAGAAAGGCCGCCUGGGGAGGGGAACCAAACGCAGGGUGCAGUCGGCCAACGGCACACCCACCCACGUCACUUAUACUCUCUCUCCCGAACAGAAGGAGAUUCUGCAGAAGAUGCAGGAGAGGAAGGGGAGGCAGGCCAGAGAGGCAGAACAGCGACGAUGUGAGGAAGAGCAGCAGAAGCGCCAGGAGAACGAGAUUGCUUUCCGGGCGUGGCUGCUGAGGAAGAGGGGGCAGGUUCAGGAGGAGAGGAGGAUCCACCAAGCUCAGGAGAUGGAGAGGAUGAACGGCAGGAGAGAGUCUUGUGACCCAGACGAGGCCUUCAGGGCGUGGCUGCGGAGGAAGCAGGGGCAGCAGCUGAGAGAGAGACAGCUGGAGGAGAUGAAGAAGAUGGAGCAGGAGAGCGGAUUCUAUCUGCACAACCGAGAGGAGUGUGAACGCGCUUUCAAACUGUGGCUGAAGCGUAAGCGUCUGGAGAAGAGGGCGGAGCAGCGCGCGGCGAGGGAGCACGCCCGCAGGCUGGUGCUGGAGGAGCGGCGAGCUCGGCGCCUGCAGGACCUCCUCUGCUCUGCCAACGAGCCACUACGCUUCACAGAGCACCUGACCUACCGCUUCUGAAGAGCAAGGCCAACAACAUACCUCAGGAGGAAUGAGAUGGGGAGGAAGGAGUCACUGAAGGAUAUACUCAUCCUCCAUAUCUCUCCUCAAAUACAAACACUAGAAAAGAUUAAACAGCGGGUAAUUAUUUACAGCUUUUGAUAGCCUUAUUUUUUGAUUUCGUAUAUCCAAUUGUGAGCGAUGAGAGCAUUUUUAUAUGCAAAAUGGAGUAUGGGUGGGUGCCGCAUCAAGACUUAGAACUUGUUUUUAGCCUUAAUUUGUUUUUCACAGAUGGUGUUUUGUCCUUGACUUUAUCUUCUACUGUACGUGGCCUGUGAUAUCUGACCUGGAUACAUACAGUUAAUUCCCAAAGGAUCGGGUUGCAGUUUAAGUAGUCUGUUUGUGGUCAGUACAAAGUAUUACAUAGAAUGAUGGCUCGUAGUCAAAUGUAUUUACAGAUUUGUGGGACGAAUAUUUACUGAAAGUAAGUGCAUCGAUUAUACUGUCAUUUGUUUUCAAUUGUGUCAACAUAGCGUAUCUUCUAUAAGCAGAGACACUUUGUCCUCCUGUGUGGACCUCAUCAAAGACCACAGAGCUAUAUUGAGUAUGUGGGCAAACCAUAUGCCUUUUUCUUGGUCACAAGUGUUUUCAAGAAAGAUUUAUUAAACAGUAGAUUGUAUUACAACAAGAAGACAUUUUAUGGGUUCAGCAAAAUUUUCUGAAUAGUAAAUUUGCUAAUAAAGGACAGUCUAGUCUCUAAUUUAUUGGUACACAUGACAAAAAAAGAGAAGGGUACAUCCAUUUGUUUGUUACAGCAACUCAUACUUAAAUAAUAAGACAGUGUCCCUAUCAAAAGUGAAACGUAACCUUAAACCCUACACUAUAACUUCAACUGAUAAGUUACAUACUGUGUGUAGUUUGUAACAUUGUAUUGAUAGGCACUUUCACAAAGCACUUUCUUUCCAUUGGACUACCAGUGCAUGUGCCUGCCUGACUGUGUAGCCUGCAGUUUAGUAGUAUAUAGAGGAAAGUUUAACUAUACGCCACCAUAUGAAUAAGUAUUCCUUGAAACAGGAAUAAAUGACA